AUGAAUCAGGUGUUUACUGGCACAGUAAUUAGUUUGAAAAAUGCCAAGACGGCCGCAAUAGAGUUAGUUUUUAAUUAUCUUCAUCCUAAAUAUCAUAAACCUAUUCGGAGAAAAAAAAAAAUUCAGGCUCAUUAUGAAAAAUACGACUUGAAAUUAGGAGAUAAAGUAGUGAUUAAAAGUAGUCGACCUUAUUCGGCUAUUAAGAGAUUUCUAGUAAUUGAAAAAGCAAACAAGAAAAACCAAACGAUAAAAGCGUCUCUUUCCAACAAAAAGCUAAUGUUGACCGGCAAACCGUCAACUAUUCCCAAAGGCAAACUUAGCGACGGUAAGCCGGCUAAGUUGCCCAGGAGCAAUAAAUUAUCGCUCCAAUGGGAAGAUGUUAAUCCGGCAAAAGAAUGGUUAAAAUCUGCCGCCCCACCCGAGAUAGAGGAUAUUCUGUUAACUAACAAUAAUUUUUGCGAGCAAAAUCUGUCUAGUUUCACUCGUUUUCCCCGAUUACACAGACUAUUUUUGGGAACCGAUAACGCUGCUAGAAUAAGACAAGGAAUUUAUAAUCGUUGGUAUGGUUCGCUUAUCCAUUUGUUGACCUUAACCAGAUUACAAGAGUUAGAUAUUAAUGCCACCGAUAUUAGCUCUGCCAGCAAUGAAGAAUUUGAGGCUAAUAUAGGCAAAGUAGAAGAUAUUCGUACCUUAAUUUUUGAUUUGCUUUAUAGUCGGUAUUACGGAGUAAUUGUUUAUGUUCGAAUUUUUCGGGGCGAAUUAGUCAAAGGACAAAAAAUUAAGUUUAGUCGCAGUCAAAAAAUAUACCAAGUAGAAAGAUUGGGAGUGAAAACUCCCCAGGAAGUUUUAAAAGAAAAAUUAGGGACGGGCGAAAUUGGCUGA